AUGCAGAAUCCGAGGCUGAAACAACAACAGCAACACCAACAACAAGUUAUGAUUCAACAAGCAAUGAUGCAACAACAUCACUCUCUUUAUCAUCCUGGUGUUAUGGCUCCUCCUCCUCCUCAGAUGGAGCCUCUACCAAGUGGAAACCUUCCUCCUGGUUUUGAUCCAAGUACUUGCCGUAGUGUGUAUGCUGGGAACAUCCAUACGCAGGUGACGGAGGUUCUUCUUCAAGAGAUUUUUGCAAGUACCGGUCCUAUUGAAAGCUGUAAACUCAUCAGAAAGGAUAAGUCAUCAUAUGGAUUUGUUCACUACUUUGAUCGAAGAUCUGCUGGUCUGGCUAUCAUGUCUCUCAACGGAAGGCAUCUAUUUGGACAGCCUAUCAAAGUCAAUUGGGCCUACGCCACUGGUCAGAGGGAAGAUACAUCAGGUCAUUUCAACAUAUUUGUUGGAGAUCUCAGUCCAGAGGUUACUGAUGCAGCAUUGUUUGAAAGCUUCUCUGCCUACAACACUUGCUCGGAUGCAAGAGUAAUGUGGGACCAGAAAACCGGACGCUCAAGAGGGUUUGGGUUUGUCUCGUUCCGCAAUCAGCAGGAUGCUCAAACUGCCAUAAAUGAAAUGAAUGGCAAGUGGUUAAGUAGCAGACAAAUCAGAUGCAACUGGGCGACCAAAGGUGCUGCUUUUGGCGAGGACAAGAUUAGCUCUGAUGGAAAAAGUGUUGUGGAACUUACAAACGGCUCUUCAGAGGAUGGUAGAGAGAUCUCAAACGAAGAUGCUCCUGAAAACAAUCCUCAAUUUACCACUGUCUAUGUUGGAAACCUCGCUCCUGAAGUGACUCAGCUUGAUCUCCACCGCCUGUUCCAUUCACUUGGCGCUGGAGUGAUUGAAGAGGUCCGUGUCCAGCGAGACAAAGGCUUUGGCUUUGUGAGAUACAACACUCAUGACGAAGCUGCUCUUGCUAUUCAAAUGGGCAACUCUCAGCCUUUCCUCUUCAGCAGACAGAUAAAGUGUUCAUGGGGAAACAAACCAACUCCAACAGGCACAGCCUCAAAUCCACUUCCCCCACCAGCGCCAGUCGCGGUCCCUGGUCUGUCCCCAAUGGACCUCUUAGCCUAUGAGAGGCAACUGGCUCUAGCCAAGAUGCAUCCUCAGGCUCAACAUUCUCUGAGGCAUGUCAAUGCAGCUGGAGCAAGUGCAGCUAUGUACGAUGGUGGCUUUCAGAAUGUAGCUGCGGCUCAUCAGCAGCUCAUGUACUAUCAGUAA